CUCUGUGUAUAAUGAACCAACUAAAAAUAUCCAAAUCGGGUAUAUAUGGUAACAUAUAAACAGUAUGUCUUGAACUUCCUGGUUGACAGUGGACACACGGUGAUGUUGUUCUUGUUGCAAUGAAGAUGAUCUCAAAGCUGCAACCAGGUGUAUUUUUUAUUAUCAUAGCGACCCUUUUCGUUCCAGUAAGAGCACAGAUAAAUCUGGCUCUACAUGGAACAGUAGCACAGGAAACAACAUAUACAGACAAAGCAGGUAUUUCAUACACUGCAAACCUGGCAAUAGAAGGACCUGCAAAUAAUAAUUGGGAAGAUGGAUGUUCAUCUACAGGUUUCCAACCGGUUACAUGGUGGGGUCUAUUUCUUCCCAGACUAGCCUACAUAACGAAUGUCAAGAGUUAUUACCGGAAGGAUGAGCCAAAGCGCAUGAACGAUUUCCGGUUGUAUUUUGCAAAUGGCAGUGCGUAUGAACAAGCUGAACGGUGCCACAGAGAUUCGAAAAAGCUAGCCUACCUUAACUUGAAUCAGAGUAUCAAUUGUGAUUUAAGCCCGGCCAAGAAUGUUUAUUUCUUCAACAGAAAUACAUUUGUCGAAUUAUGUUACAUAGAAAUAUAUGGCUGCUUCAUAGGUACAUGGGGAAAUAAUUGUACAGCACUAUGCCCUUCAAAUUGUAUCAACAAUCAUUGUUAUCCUAAAAACGGUUACUGCGUUUGGGGAUGUGACCCAAGUAACUGUAUUAACAACAAAUGUGAUAAACAAACAGGUGUUUGUACUGAUGGAUGUGUUGCUGGGCGAGCCGGACAGUUCUGUAGCAAAUAUAAUCUAGCAUACAAUGGUACAGCCACCCAAAAUCCUCUUAAUCCAAAUAAACCUGCUAGUUUGUCCAUUGAUGGAAACCGAACAAAUGGCAUGUGUUCCAGGACAACCGGAUCAAGUUCUUAUCUUCAGGUCGACACUGGCUCCAUGAGUGUUGUAACUACAGUUUAUCUAACCUAUGGUGAUCCACCGUUAACAACAGGUGAUGACAUGAUAUAUUGUUCCAAUACAAGUAAUUCUUGGGUUGAUGGCUUUGUGUUAUAUAAGGGCGAACGUCCGACUAAGAAUAUAAAUGUACUUGCCGUUUGCAGAUAUAUUACGUUUGUACCACCUGCAGCAAAUGGAGUUGAUGUGUGUGAAAUUGAAAUUGGCGGAUGUCCGUUAGGAAGAUAUGGAGUAAACUGUGAACAUUUUUGUCACUGCAAAGGAUUGUGUGAUUCAGUUACUGGACAGUGUACACUUGGCUGUUUCGAUGGAUGGACCGGUGAAAGAUGUGACAAAGCUUGUAAUAAUGGUUACUUCGGAAGUGAAUGCAAUAGGACGUGUUCCAAAAACUGCAUAAAGCCGUCAUGUGAUCAUGUUUCAGGUGAAUGUAAUGAAGGUUGCAUUAAAGGAUGGGAGGAAUACAAUUGCACAAAAGAAUGUGACGUUGGAUAUUUUGGUUGGAACUGUUCGCAGACUUGUUUGGGGUGUAUAUCGAACAAGUGCGAUAAGGCCGACGGCUCCUGUAGCAUUUUCAGUGGCUGUAAACCAGGUUAUGUAAAAAGUCAAUACUGCAAUCAAGAGUGUGAAGACUGGUUUUUCGGGAUAAACUGUGCAAGUAGAUGCAAUUGUCUAAAUAACCCUUGCAACAAAUUCAAUGGGGAUUGUUCUGCUGAAAGGUGUGCGAAAGGAUGGCAGGAUAUUUCAUGUAAUAACGAAUGUGGAGCUGGCUAUUUUGGUUUAAACUGCGCCUACGUGUGUGAUACUUGCUUUAAUCAGUCCUGUGAUAUAUUUGAAGGGAAUUGCAAAGUCGGUUGUAACGACGGUUAUCGUGGUCGAAAGUGCGAGACGCCAGUUUCAGCAGAAUCAUUAAGUUUGAUCAAAUCUAGCUUCUUCAUGGGCGGAUUUGCAAGCAUGUUAGGUAUCCUGCUAAUAAUUUUGACGGUCGUUAUUGCGACAAGACGAAUAUUGAAAAAGCAAGAAAGUGGAAAAGCUAUAAACAGUUCACAUUCAAACUUUAACGAGCAGCAUUAUGAUGACAUUAUGAAAAUGGAAAGUGUAUCAACAUAUCAGGAUUUGACGAAACAAACAGUUACUGUAUCAAACGACUAUGAUCAAAUUAAUAAUGCAUAUGUCAAUCAAUAGAUAAAAAUAUAGCAUUUGUUUAUUUGAAAAAAAAACUGCAUUAAGUAUCUUUACGACAUAUAUAUAUGUACAAUAUUAUGUCAAUGUCAGGAAAUAUCAACUUUUUGUAUGAGGUUUAGAAACCGGUUUGUGUGUCUUUCAUUUGUAUGGGCAUUGCUCAAGUAAAUAAGGGACAUAACUCUCGAGAAGCUAUAAGAAAAUCACCCAAAAGAAUGUUAGUCUUCGUUUUUUUCAUGAGUGAUAACAUAAUUAUUAAGAUUUAACAUGUAAAACUGUGGG